AACCUGGAAUUCUACUGCUCCAAGCCCUCUUUUGGGCAACCCACCCAUUCAUGCGUCACAGGGUCCAGGCAUAGAGUUUUUGUCACGACCUACAGUACGGUCAUUAUAGCUGCAGGCAGGACAAAUCGGGAUCAGCCACACUACCAAAAGGGAAAUACCGCUCACGCCAUGGCCUCAGCAGCCUUUACGAGUCCCCGAGACUCUACAAACUCGGUUUCCAGUGUUCGUUCGAGCAGCCGACAUCAGCUGAAGCGAUCCAUCACCGAGCUCGCGUCGCCCGUGAAGCUCGGCCGUCGGGAGAAGAAAGAGAAAGAACGCGAUCGAUAUAAUGAGGACCGCGCCGUGCAUCCACACCACAUCUCAAUCUCCCAUCCCGUAUCUGCGAACCCACAAUAUCAGGGCAGAGCUUCAGUAGACAUCAUGACACGUUCAGAAGGCGUCACGCCGUACAUGAGCCCCGAUCAGAGUCGGAGGCCAAGCUUGAUGCUCUCGCGAGAGGAGGAGAACAGAACUCUCAACGUUCCUGCUCCGCCGGAACCCAAGACCAAGGAGAGAAUAUUGGAAGAUCAGGCCAGAACAUCCUCUCAGGUCGAGGGCCUAAAGCAAUCCCUGGUCGAGCUUGGAUCCUUCUCUACGUCCACAGCCCGGCGACUUGACGAGACAUACUACGCGGUUCUUGAGAAAAUGAGUACGCUUCAAUCCACUGUUUCCGCCUUGAAGGAGUUGGCGGAGGAGUCUCAGAACAUCCAUCGAAGUUUUGAGAAGGACGCUUGUGAAAUUGAAAAUGAUAUCACGUCACAGAUUGCAGCAAUGGGCCAGUUCAAGGAGCACCAGGAGAACAUCGAAUCACUCACGGCCCGUGUCCAAGAUGGCCGCGCAAGGAUCCGCGCUCUUAGUGAUCGAGUCGAUAUUGUCCGAGAGCAAGUUGAGCUCUGGGAGCGUCUAGACAAGGAGUCCCAGGACAAGACACGGUUGAGGUUGAGGGCUAUCAUUAUAUGCAUCACAGUUGUGUUCCUUGCAGUGGUGGUUCUGUUCUUUGGUGCUCAGUAUGUCUCAAGGCAUAGUUCACUCUUGGGUAGUGAUAACUCGAACACACCUCGUGUUGCAGAGUCUAUCAUUCAGUCGCAUAGGGGAGCAGCACAUCCAUCAUUGUCUCUCCGAAGACCUGAGAAGAGUGGUGUUCCAUAUUCGAAGAGGAAGCAGGUGCAUACGCAUGCAGAGGAGGAGCUUCGUGUUUUCGACGAACUGUGAAAUUGUCGGUUCUCGUUUUAAUUGCUUUCAUUCGAUACCCAUCAUAGCGCGCACAUCGCAUUACUCAUCUGUUUCCUUUGUAUUGGCAGGAUUUUAAUAGAUAAUUGAUUCACAUCGAGAUUGUUCUUCGAUAUAGCACUACCUCAGUAUUGAUACCUUCAAUUCAUGGAUGAAACCGAAUAUGGGGUCGAUCAACUUACCCUACAUCGGUCACAAG